GAAUACGCGAUGGAGGAGGCGGGAUGAAAACAAACUCGACGAUUGGUUACAACUGUAAAAUGUAAAUCACUCUUAAAGGGGUGUUUUUUGAGUCCGCUGGGAUGCAUAAAGUUAUGGCGACAGAAACUCUCGCGUCCUUAAGUCGGGUUUAUUUACUAACUUUCAGACUUGGGGCACCACGCCCCUGUGGCGGAGUCAGUGCAGUGAGGAGCUGAGGUCGGCGAAAUGCAAUCGGCUGGUCGCACUUUUCCUCUCAGAAUGGAAGUAGUCGUGGAGGUGAAACGGACUAAACUUGCCUAACUUCAAGGAAACUGUGCUCGCUUUGCUUUUCAGUUUGGGUAUCGGACAACCAUUACAACAAGCCAACCUUAGUGGUAAGUUACUGAAAAACAGAUUUUUAAACUCUAGUUCAUUUUAUAAACAGCUUGUUUGACACGCGUUUCAAAUGCAAAACAACCGCGUCCCUGUGAAGAAGCAACAAACAACGUGCCGCUGUUGUGGUGUGAGCAGCUUCAGGCACGUUUCUUGUGACAUUUGUCGAGUGUUUUAUUGUAGGGAAACGACGGAGUGUGGUUUUAAAACAGCGUUGAGUGUUACCCGGCGUGUCAUUCAAACACCGGAGAUUUACAUUAUACCGGCUUUCCCGGUUUACAGAGCCCGCUCGGUCAAUGGACUCCGGGCGGCGGAGUUGUAACUGUGUCUCUGUCGUAUUUCAGUCCUUUUUAAACUGUAAUAGAAGUCAUUUUUACCACACAUUAAACGCAUUUGCUCGUUUUAAUUGAUGUUUUUUAAUUAUUAUUAUCAAAGAAGUCGCUUUACAUAUUUGUUAGUCGCGUAAACUGAUUUAAAAUUUGCGCAAAAUCGUUUCUGAUAUAUCUUAACAUCAUUUAUCUUCAGUAAACCCGGUGGAUUAUUGUGACUUUUUUAAAGAUUUGAAAAUAUCGCGAGACAGAACAUCCAGAGUGCUGUGGGUUUUUUGCUGUGAAGGAUUUAGAGCAUAAUAGUAGGGCAUUCGGCUUCAAAAUUGUGUGAUAAGAAGGUCUUGAUGCCGCGAUAUAGAAACUGUGUCAAAAACACAGCUGCCCAGCCACCCCCACCUCUCCCCCUGUUUGUUAUGGUUAUGCAGUUUUCAGCAGGGGGAGCCACCGUCUGUGACAAAUACACAGCUGAAUACCUGCACAGCCGAGCAGCACAGAAAGUAAUCCUGGCUUGUUUUUUCUUUUCUCAAAACAAAGCAUUAAGUGGAUUGAAAGACAAGUUUGAUGGUCAGUGCACACAGUGUACAGUGAGGUCUCUCUGCUGAGGACAGGACAGUCUGCUUAAAUAUCCUUCUCAGGGAGCUGGCAGGCUGACAGACCAGGGUAGGGAGAGUGGCUUAGGAUUUUCCUCAAAGACUGUCAUUACUCUUUUCUCUGGACCCUAAUUUGGAAGUGUGGUAGUAGUCUAACCCUGCAUUACAACUCAAUGGUGACUUGGGGAUUUGCUGGUGAAGCAACUUGAAUUUCGCCCAUAUUUUCAUAACUCCUUGACCCACUAUAUGAUCCAGGGUUAAGUGCAGUACAUAACCGAACUGAAGGGAGGCUUAAAUUAAUUUUCAUCAUGUGCGUUUACUUCUCCUGUCAUUGAAUUCAAACAGUUAUCUGUGCACCGAUGCUUGUAAUUGUCCGCAGUACAAGAACCUGAUGUUAGUGUUACAAUAAAAAAAUCAUGGGAUAGUUAUUUAAGCAAGGAUCAGCUCAGAGAAGAAAGAUACUCAUUGAACCUAGUCAGCCAAACUCCCCUUUAUGUAAAUGUGGCUCAACAGUCUCCUGACCGCAGGGGAUUGUGUGGUUUCAUCACUGAGAUGAACUCAGCCAUUCAUCUUCAUAAGCACCGAGCUCUUUGCCACAAGUGAUGGCAGACUGUUAGCUCAUUUUCUCUUUCCAACUUGUCCUGUGUGGUUUUAUUGAUUUGAGGGCACUUCUUAUAAACCAGGACAGGUUGUCUAUAAUGAUAAUGAAUGCUUUGAAGGAAUGAAUGUAUUAUGAAUGUGUCUGAGAUCAUUCCAUCAGGCCUAAUGCAAACUUGUUCAAGGUCACCAUCAUUAGUUACGGAAACAAGGGAUGACUUUGAUUGAUGAUAUUUUAUGAUCAGCUAUUGCAGUAACUGUUCUUUCUCUUUUAUGUGACUUUUAAGGCUGCUCACCUCACAGUGCCCCCGUAUGGACGAUGAGGAGGAUGAUGUGUUUGAGCCGGACCCCUUCUGCUGGCGCACCACAUUCCAGGAGAUAAAGUGUGAAGAUCGGGGCACGCAGACACCUGGCCCGGCCCUGGCACCCAACAACGGCAUGCUGCCCUGUGGAGUCGCAGAGGAGCCCAGACCACUCUUUUACGGUAAAGGCUGAUGGCAUACCAUAUUUCAGCAGAGAAAAGGGAACACUAGCAUGUGCGUGAUAACUGGUGUUAUAAAACCAAAGCUCGAAACUAUAACGUGAAACUCACUGUGAGAAUUGUUGCUGCACUGAUCUCACCUCUGGCGCCUGAUAGUCGUGAUCACAGUGGCUUUUAUGGUCUGUAUAGAGUGUACCCAGCUGCUUUGCUAUUCAAAAGGCGCCAGACUGGCAGUGCAAGUGAAAGGACGUGACAGAAAUGCUUUACCUGUGUAUGUGUGUGUGUAAAACUGCACAGCCAUAAAGGUGCCACACACAAGAUGCCAUACCAAAGUAGCUCCUAACAACCUUGAAAACUGUGACAGGGCUCUAUUUGCAGUCUAAAACUCCUGAAUGAUUCACCAAGCUUUAUGACAAAAAAAAACAAACACACACACAACAGCAGAGAAAGUCCUGGUUAAAGCCCCACUCUGCAGCUUUCAGCUCUUUGUACCUGUUGCAUUGUCAGCCCAGACACAAUCACAGUUAAUCAAACAACCGGUCAGUUGUUAUCGCUGCGCCUACAUUUCUGUACUGUAUUGUUGACAAACAAUAAGAGUCACGCUUUACACUCCUCAGGCAACGCAGGUUUCCGAUUGCACUUCCCGGCAAACUUCGAGCUUGUUGGGGAUCAGGAAGAAAGAAGACAAGAAAGUCAGCAGCAGCAACAAAGCGGGAUGGAGUUACCCCAACAGGAACCUGCGGCUCGCAGCGUGGAGGCCUGCAUCGGCCAGAAACUCCAACUGAUAGGAGACCAGUUUCACCGGGAGCAUUUACAGCUGGUGAGGAGGAUUUAAUGAACAUUUUCGCUUCUGGUUUUGAGUGCACACGGAUAGUAGGGCAAUUCUGGUGUAGAUCUGUUAGCUUACAAAGUCUCCUGCCAGUUUUCAAUUUGGUUUAAUAGAUUCUGUCACUAGAUUGAACACACAAGCUGAGCUAACUAAGUCAAAUGUAGUAAAGCCAGAAGGAAACACAAUUAUACAAACCCUUCUGAUUAUCUUACUGAUAAAUCAACUGCUUAAGGAAAACAUCCUAAAUACCCCUUGGUCAUUUUCCAUUGUAAGAAAAGAGCACUGAGGAAAAGCAAAGUAUUAAUAAUAACCCUGUUAUUUCUUGUCUAGAGGGCAUUUUAAAAAAUGAUUGCUGUUCAUUAAAUCAGAUGCUUUAAUUGGUCUUACAUAGUUAUCCCACAUAGCUCAUACUUUUUAGAGCCCUGCACCAGAUUGUGCCUUUACUCCACUACUAUCAGGCUAUUCCUUAUUGUGAGUCUUAGCUGUGUUUGUGUUAGGUUAAGGUUGUUUCUUUUUUUUUUUUUUUAAGUGAAGGCAGUAAAAUAAGUGCAGUCCCCACAUCACCAUCCCCACAGUACUUUAUUUGAUCUGACUAAGAUUUAUGGUGGGACUAAAGUUGGCUCCCUUUAUUGUGUUCGCUUCAUAUUUGUUUUGGAGAGGCUGUGCACAUGCAGAACUUCGAGAGCCUAGCGUUUCACCCCCACACAACCCCCCUCACCUUCAAGCCAAGGACUCUGCUGAACCAGGGCAGCCCUUCCCCCCGCCUCGCCAAGCCCAGGCCCUCCCCCUGCCUCCUCUUCCUGUUUAUUUCUCUCUCUCUUUUCCCCUGUUUCCCUGAGUGCACUGUGGAGGCAAAAGGCACCAGAGGAUGCCUGGCCUCAAACACACACGACACUGUGGUCAGAGUGACACUGUCUGCUGAGUUUGUGUGCUGCUUUAUUCCACUGUAUGUGGGAGUGUCGCACAGCUAUGAGCCGCUCUAGUUUCACUUUAAAAUACACUUAAACUCUUACAAGGUUUCUGAAAAGUGUGAACCUCUUGUUGCACAAGUGCUCAACUGUCUAAAACGUGUUUUUUUUUUCACAUUUAAACCCACACAUUCACCCAUACUGAUACAUCCAAGAGAAAGCAGAAGUGGCGGGAGAAGGUAAACAUGUUGUAACCCGAAGCUCAGCGCGUGAGCCCCAAGGGGGACAGCUGUGGUUCGAGGGAGUCUUGAGUCAGCCCCUUCCUCUCGGCCACAGGAGACAAGCAAAUAAGAGGUCUACACAGCUAUAAAGAAGGGGGGUGGGAUCUAAAAUAAUGGUAUAUGGGUAUAUAUAAAGGACGGUGGUUUGGAAAUAAACCUCAAAUGAUAAUGUUAGGAACUUUUGUAGUUGUUGUGAAACUUCUAUUUUAGAAAGCGGGACUCUCCCCGAUAUGCACCUUAAUCAUCUGCGGUGAAAUUUUCUACAAGUGAGAGACCGUGUGUGAAUUUCUCACGGGCAUAUCAGUUAAAUUUAUUCAUAUGUCCGCAGUUCAGAAUAACUCAUGUAAUGUGACAGUGGCAAACGCAAUGCAGACACCAGACUAUCAGACAGUGGGGUUGCCAUGUGUGUGUGUGUGUGUGUGUGUGUGUGUGUGUGUGCAGCUGGGAUCUACUGACGCAAAACGCGGGCAGGCCUGGGUCAGUGGACGAGGAAGUGGCUUUGCUCUUUUUUCUUUCUUUUUUUUUGAAGGUUGAAUAAACAGCGGUGAGGACAGUCAGAGAGAGAGCAGCUCUGUGAGGUCACUUCCUGAAGCUGCAAGAAACAGGACACAGAAUCACAAACAGCAACAGAGAGAAAAAGUGAUAACAUCUUGAAGAGCGGUCGAACUUUUACUGCUAAUAACUUUGAAACAAACAUCUCGGGUUAUUGUUGACACUUGUAGGUGAAGUGGAGCAUGUCUAAGUUUCUGCCAGUGUGUGUGUGUUUGUGUGUUUGCGUGUGUGUCUGCCUGUUGCAGCGGGAUGCUUUACAGCCCUGAUGUGUGGGUUUGGGUGCAUGUUCUCAGUGCGGACUGUGUUUUUGCUAUUUCUGGCUCUGGUUGUGCAUAAAUGAUAUUGUGCAUGUGUCCACACGCUCAUGCAUGAAUGCCCCCACACUUGCUUUUUCAGUCUCCAAAUCGCUACAAAAACUUUCACUCUGCAAUAGUGGUUAAUGUCUGUCAGUUCUCUGUCCUGUCAGUAGAUGAUUGCUGUUAUUCAGUGCAGACACUUGUCCCUGAGCCUUCUGAGUGCCUCUGACUGUCAGCUUCUUGAUGGAUCUGGGAGCGAUGGGGCAGCGAGUGGUCUCCAUGGGAGCCCAUGGCCCCUGGCGAAAGGAAGGAUUAGGUAGCGAUGGAGUGCUGGUGGAUGCUGACAGAUAAAUUGCUCCUCAGUCAGUGUGGGAUGGAGGGGACCCUGAGGUCCCCAGAGGAAGGCUGACAUUAGCCGCCUCGCUAUUUGAGACUCGGCAGUAAUGACAGUCACAAUGGGAGGAAGACAGCUCGAGCCUGCGCAGGGCAAGGAGCAGAGUCAGGUUUCAUCCCCGUGUUUUUUUAAGAGAGACGACUGCUGGUGCUUUCGAUAGGAGGUGUUGAAAGCCGAGUUGAAUAUCGCUGGUGUGAGUGCGUGCUCACAUGUAACGUUUGUGGCUUUAUCUCUCCACUGUGUCAGUGAGGGCACAGCACUCUCUCCUUUUAACACUUGUAAAGGGGGGGAGGUGUGGAAAUACAAACACAGGCAAGCUUUGGAUAUUAACUUUUUAUUCAUUGUUCUGUGAUGAUUUUUUGAGCUGCUUUAUAUAAUCUUACACUACCUCUGUUUGUUUGUAUUUUUCCUCGGUGGCCGUUCUCCUCCCUGAUGUGACUGAUCCAAAGUUUCUCGCUUUGGCUGCUGGACUGUUUGCUCAAGAGAUAAGGCAGAGCUUCUGAGCAGCUGGCUGAACAGACAGCCCGCGUGGGACACUGAUAAAGCACAUCAUGCGAGUGUCAGAGUGACGACACGAAGCAUCUGGCUAGACUCUGCUACUCUAUUGCUGACUAAAUAUAGUGCCUGUCUUAUUUUGACAGUUGGUGGUGUGACUCAUGACUAAGUUGCGACAGGCCUGUGCACACCUCUUUCCCUCUUUCAUUUGUUGUUCGUUUGUGGUGAUGUCUUCCUCUCGGCCUAAUAGAGUGGAAGGAAAUCAGCGCGGGCAGAGAAAAACUCUGUUUUGUUCAUAAAAAUUGAUUGCUUGUUACUCAGCUUAUUGUCAAUACUCAUGUAGGGUUGUUUAUAGUGCGAUAAAUAUCUGAGUUGAGUCAUUUCAUUCCCCCAGCUUUUACUACCUAAGUUCAAACCUGGUGCGCAAACAAUUAUUACAAAUAAUGACUGCAGAAAAAAAGAAAAAUCUCUUUUGUCCUCCAUAAUCCCAGAGGUUUCUGUCAUAAAUUGGAUUAAUUUUAGGUUUAAUAAUCCGGCUGCUUGCCCCUUUACUCUGUGCUGUGCUAAGAAAAAGUAUUGCCUGUGUUUAUAUGAGACAGACAUUAUGCAACUACUAUGUCCUUAUCAAAAAUCCCUCAGGCAAGAUUUACACAGAUAUGUCAUUCAGCAGAGAACCGGUUUUAUCGAGAUUCCCAGCAGGCUUUGCCAAGAUUUGUUUUGCUUUUGACCUCUCUGGUAAAAGCAGCAAAGUGAGAGCCACAUAUGCUGGUCUGAACCUGGCAGAGCUUAUGCAACACUCUGCAAUGUUUACUACAGAUUGAUAGGAGUAGAGACACCCAGAGGCCAGAGGCUUAUCACAAUGGAAGUUCUUGGCUGUAUCUAGGUCAAUGUUUGGACACCACCUCAACAGACAUGUAAAUACAGCACAUCUUACAUCUGCCUGUAGCUAUUUGGGAACAACUGUAGAGAGAAAGAGCAGCUCAGUGCAUGUUUUAAUCAAGUCCUCCUCAGAUCACAACCUUUAUGAACUGAAAAUAGUCGCUGAAUUAUCAGGUGUGCUGGAGUCUGCCUUUUGUCUGCAGACCGGACUGUUGUACACAUCUUGAUCAGAUACAUGUAGUCCAGAGGCUCCCUGUCUCUCAUCAAGCUCUCCCUAAUCCCAUUUGGUGCAAUUAUCUUAUCUCAGCUUCUCAAUGGCAGAGAUAGCAUUAUCCCCCCCUAAUCACACACAAUCCGUUUGGCUCGCAAACCUGAGGGAGUCUUCUCCGGCUGCCCUCUGCCAGAAAAAGUGUGUGUGUAUGAGGAGUGUGUUCAUGGCCCUGGAUGUCUGUUUGGGAUUGUGUGGGGAUCCUGCCCACAAAGGGAGGCCUCUUUAAUAAGUAUUGUUGAGGACAGAAGCAGACUGUUGUGAAAAUAUCUGUGUCGUUCCGGUGUCUGGUUCUGUCUUGCCCUCUACUCGACUGACCCUUUUCACUGGGCUUGCUGUCAAUCAAAACACAUCACAGCCAACACAAACCAAAAGUCACACGUUGGACUUUACACUUUCAGCAGAGGACACUGACUUAACAUGUUUUGUGUUUGUUUCUUGUUUCAGUAUCAUCGAAACCAAAGGAACCAGGGGCCUCUGUGGUGGCGUCUGGGUGCAGUUCUGCUUAGCCUUCUGUUUGACAGAGGCGUCUUUGCUGGGGGAGGUGGAGCAGGACGGAGGUGAGGGGGUCUUCCCCUUAAAUCCCUUUUUCUUCAUCUCUCCGAGGAACUGGACUCCUAAUGGCACUGUCAAAUUUAACACGGGUCUAAUUUUUGGGAGGGAAAGGAAGCAGAGUCGCCGCAGGACGGAGACAACCAACUUUUCUAUAAGGCUGAGUGUUUUUUUUUCUUUCUUUUUCCAAGAAGAUGCCAUGAUCCUCCGAGAUUCCCCCCUAAAGGACAAUGUUCAUAUUUUGGUAUAUGUGUGGUGAAGUUGUUUUGUACAGUACAAUGUUACAUUUUUUGCACUUCAACAUGUAUCCAUCUUUAAAUGACCUCCACAGACCCUGGGAAUGCCUUAUUCAGUGUCUUCUGCCACAAAGAGUAUUGAGAGAGAUUUUUGACGGGCAUGAUGAGAUGGUCAGGAAAUGAAAGGAGAUGUGGCGUGAGGUUUUCAUUUCUGAAGUUUGAGCAGACAGGUUGAUUUCCAAAGAGGCCACUUCUCAGAACAAAGCGUUUUGCACCUCACCUUAAUGGGACGUUUUAUUUUUCUUUAGUAUGCCCUGUCAUUUUUUUGUUUUGUUUUCUCACUCCUCUAUUUUCUUUGGUAUGGUGUUAACUUUGAACACUUAUGAUGCAGAGCGUUACUGUGCGGUGGUCAAAGUUAUAGAAGAACUUCAGAGGAGGUAAAACACAGAUAUGAAAAGAGAUUUAGAUUCAAGUCAGAAAUUGCAGAUGAUCAUGAUCUAAAAAUAAUAUUUGGAUGACUGUGCAGCAUUGAAACAGCGGUUUAAAUUUGCUCCCAAUUUUCCCCUCUAAUCCCAGAUCCCUCUGUGUUUUCAAUGUGUUCGUUUGAUGUGAUUGUUUUCAGACCUCCAUGCCCUUGAAGUGGAACUGUGGAUCCACUGUUUUUGCACUAGACCUCAUCCUCCCUUCAAGAGUUCAGAUCGUUACCAAGCAAACCUCUGACUUUUAAUGAAGGUUUUCAGUUCAGAUUUUUUUUUCUUGCCACAACAUUUCAGGUAUAUUCACCCUUAUGUCAAAAUGACAGAGACAAAAUGAUCGAUGUUAAAUCAGGAUUGGAUGUAGCGUCUGGAAACGUCAUGCACUAGUGUUUUAGGCUGUAACAGGAUUACAAAAGAUCCAUGUGCCUCACCCCACAAACUGCAUAUUCAAUCUGUGAAUCGGAUCCUCUCAGGCUACUUGUAGGAGCGUUUUUACACCAUUUUAUAUUCUUCUGGGUGAUCUUUUAUUGUCUUUGGUGCUCAAAUCCAGAUUUGGGAUAUUUUUAAUACAUAUAAUCACCAAUCACUCAGCAGCAGACAAGGACAGAAAUACAAAAAGUGAGAAUGACUGUAAUUAUCGUUGAAAUAUGAAUAUGUUAGAAGACACUGGUGAAGAUGCUGUUAUAUUUCCUGACCCAGGCUGACAUUUGAACCCACAGAGCAGUACAUAUCAGGGGUCUGUAAUUACUCGAUCAUUACAAUGUGUCGACUCUCUCUCUGCAUAAUUAGGGUUUCCUCUCAUUUUCUUCGAGAUGUCUCAGGGAUGGACUUUGUGGGCUACUGCUAACCUUGAGAAUCUGUUACAUGGCGAAAAGAUGAGCAGUUUUCACGCGUUUUUUUUUUUUAACUCUCAGGAGGAAUUGUCACGUCUCCUAUUUUCAUUUCAGUCGAAGUUUCCUCUUUUCAGCACACACAUAAAGGUACAGUCUGACUGAGGAGGAGCGUGAGGCUGCCUCGAUGUCUGUGGUGAUGACUGGGGCUACUGAGCGUGUAGUUAUAGGCGUGUGAGGUGCACUGAAUGUGGUUGUGGUUAGAGUUUCCUGCGGAUCCUGAACGCUGAGCCAGUCCCUGUAGCUCCACGGUCUCACCAUCAGUUCCCGGCUUCCUCUAUGUGCUGCUCCUACAACACACGGGGGGGAUUGUUUAUCGGUUCACUUUUUUCUUUGUAAUUUAUUUUUUACUUUCUUAUUUAUUUUUGUACAUUUUUUUUUACGAUUUCUACUGUAUACGUGUGUGUGCAAUUACUUCUUUCUUUCCUUUUUUAACUCUGCUCCUGGACUUUUAUGUGCUUCUGUCGUUUGAGUCUGUGUAGCAGGAUGGACUGCAUUAAACCAUUUCUUUGUUUUAUGUGACACUCAACCCAAAUUCUGCUGUUUCGGCACCACUCAUCUGCUGUAGGCUGUUAGAAAUUUGUAGUUUGAGGGCAUGCAGCAGGUACAUGUUGUUUUUGCAACAUGAAAGUGCAAUUACACCUCCCAGUAAGCCAUCGUAUGGCUUUGAAAAGUCUUUGCUGUAGAAAAUAAUCAUUACACCAUUUCCCCAUGAACACCAUUGCAAACUACAAGCCUCAGACCUUGUCACAGGUUUUCAUGGAUAUGUCUUUGGAGUAUUUAAGGAAAGAGGAAAAAAAGUCAGAGAUUUUGAGAAUAGGGUUGUAUCACAACACUGCAGUAUAAAAGGGUAAAGUUGUAAUAUCAUGUGAAUAAACUAGUAAUUUCUAAGCAGAACAUCAUCGGAGCAGCCAACCCUCUGCACUAAAACAAGAAACUCAGAGCAUCUUGUGAAGUUAUUCUGAGGUUUAAGUUUCACAAAUAAAAGCUGUACUGUGAAAAAGAUUGUGCAAAAAUACUGAGUCAGCUCCGAAGAUGUGCAGCCCUGUCAAAUUCUAUUUUUAUUCUUGUCAUAUUAUCUUUACUCUCGUUGCAUUAGUAAAAUGUUUUGAAAUCUCACACAUUUUUCCUCAGUGUUGCACCAAUGCUUGUACAUUGUCAGUAUGUGCCACAAAGAGGCGGCAGUGAGGACAAACUUUAACCAGGACAUGACCUUACCUUGAGAAUGAAUGAGUCACCAGCCAUCCCACCUGUUACUUAUUAUAUUCACAUGUUAGAAAUGCCUUCUUAUCCUCCUGGAGUCACAGUGCCCAUUUCUUCAAUCUCUAUCAUUGUGUUGUAAUCAAUAUGCACUGGAAAGUACUUUGUUCUUGUAGAUCCCAUGGGUUCCUUAUCUGUUGUGUGUUCAUGUAUAGUAUAUACUCUGGAUUGUUUUCUUGUGUCAGAUGUAUAUCUGUGCAUCAACCAAUAGGCUGGAUUUGACGGCCUGUUUGAUUUAUUGUAAAGGGAAACAAGCCGCCUCUGUGCCCUGUGUAAUUUUAUUAGAAAGAGGUUCCCAAGCCGCACUCACCACAUGACAUGUGAGUGUGGAGUAUCCCUGGAGGGGGACAUGUAUUUUAUGGAAACCGUCAGUGUCUUGAAUUUUUGUAGUCCACUUUAUAUAAAUUUGAAGUUUUCUGAGGAAGGUUUUUGAUUUUACAUUUUUUUAAAGAUUACAUGUCUUCAUGGUUUUUUCUUAACUUUUUAAAAUGUAUUUUCUUAAGACAAGGGGGUCUGCUUUUAUAAGGACAGUUCAUUGCUGUAAGAUAAUUUUAAAAUAUGAGUAGGAUCCUUUUAGAAGUCUGUGAGAUCGAGGGCAUUUUUUAUACAAAAAUGAACUUGCAACAUUCCUUGCACAUCUCAUCGUGGUGUAUAAACCGAGAAACCAAACUCAAUCAUGGUUGUGGUGAAUUUGGCUCAUGAGCUUUUUAGCUAUGAAAUAUUUGCCCUUUCUUUUCACAGAACAGAUUAAGUCUACAUGUGUUUGUAAAACCCUGGAAUAUGCCUUUAAUUGCUCAGUUUCAAUGAAGUCUUGAUUAUCACACACUCUCUGUAUACCAAGAAAUGAGACCCAGCGAAAAUGUAGCAUUUUUGUAAACAUUGGCUGUGUGUUUUCGAGACUCUACUGUGCACUCAUUUUUUGUGUUUAUAUAUAUUUUUUGGUUGUUGAUAUAAUAUGGAAGUAAAGACAAUUUGUUAUGUAGUGCAAUACGCUGUACAUAUGGAGCUUUGCUCUACAAAUCUUUUUCUGGAUUUUCUUGUUGUUUAUUGGUACUUUUUUUCAAUAAAAUUCUAUUGAAGGUGUCAAAUUGAAUAAUGUGUCUGAUUUCAAAUACAGCACAGUCUGCUCGAAAGAAACAGAUAUUUCACUUUUAGCAGAUUAAAAUAGGUUCCAGCCCUCACCCUUUCUCGUAAACAUCAAGCUAAAGGCAUACAUCAACUAAGGGUGACCCGAUACAACUUUUUUACUUCUGAUACGAUACUGAUAUUGUAGCAUUCGGUAUUGUCCAAUACCGACAUUAGCAAAAACUUUUGCAUGACAAGUUUAGCACUGUUCAGCUGCAACUUCUUUUCGGAUUUAAAUGAAAAAUACUGACACAGGGCUGACAUCACUCCUACUCCUUGGUACUUUGGUACACACUGUAGUUGUGAUUACGUGGGCUCUACAUGCUGGAUCUGAGCGCCGCCAGGAAGAGGUGCCGAAGCGGAGUCUGGAACGGACUGCCUGAAUUGGCAUGCCGAUAUCAGAGAUUUAAGAUGCAGGCCGAUAUAAUCGGAUCGAGAAUCUGAAUUGAGAAUCGAUGUCGGAUAUCAAUAUCAUAUCGGGACACCCCGAACAGAAACCAAAGCACAAUUCACUUACACUUUGUAUGCACCCACCUGUGAGGUGAACCAGCGUUUGUGGAUGUCAAGCUGAAGAGAAGCACAACUCUUCAUAAUUUCUCAUCUAUGUUGUGACAUUUGGGGUUUAAGGUGGAUUUAUUGUCAGCCUUUGGUUUACCUGCAAGUCCUUUUUCAACAUUGGUUAUGAUUUUGCAGUCAUGCAGAACUCUGUGCAUUGUUUUAUUAAGCCUCAUUCCCAGAUUGGGAAUCACUGGCUGUGCUUUUAACAAGACAAAGCCCAAAAAACAUCCAAGUGCCUUUAACUUUGAAAGAAAACACGUGAAAAUGUGAAAGACUCAGUGAAAUGAGAGAUCAGACAUAAAUAAUGUCUUCUUUAUGUUUAUUCUAGUAAGGAAAAGCUCAAAUUAGGAUUUUGAGUUGUUCUUCAAUGAGUAUCAUGGUUUAAAGUACACCACUAAAUGGACAAACUCAGUGUCUGAGUUUAGCCAGGAUCUGUACCCUUCUGCUGUCCAGUGAUCACCCGAGUGGAAAUAGGAGGUCUUCCAUCUUUAUCUGAUAACCGUAGACUGCAUACGUCUGUAGUAUUGCAUGACAGCAAAAUGAACCCAAGUACCGCGCAAAUGAGAAGAGUUACCUCACACUGCAUCACUGUUAUUUCCUGAAAGGUUAAGGCCAAAGCUGCUGAGCCUGCAGAUUAGUUACACCGCAGCAUGGAUGCCCUUGAGCUAUGGGAAUGAUUGAUCACUUUUGACACAUAUAAACACGAAGCUAAGUCUGUGUGGAUGUUUGCACCGAGUGCAGAAGUGCAUUUCUCUGGAAGUGUAGAGUUUGUACUUAUUAAAGUGGAAGAUAGUUUUUCAUAUCUGAAGAGUCUGAAUGUUUUGUAUUUUUCGUACACCGUGCUCACGAUCACACCUGGGAUUUUGUUGCUCUUUUGUUCGUCAGAGCAGACAACUUACACUCACCUCCCUCGGGGCUGACGCGUGGCACUUCCAUUGUUAUACAUGCCAGGUACAGUUUCACACUUCACUAACACCUGACUCACCUGUUUGGCCACUUGCAGUUAAGAAAAAAAAAAAAGUCCCUUGCCUGUGGCCCCCCCAACACACACAAACACAUGCACACAAUGAAGUGUGUCAGAGGAUGUGGUUUAAAGAGAACAACAGCUUCUACCCAAGUCACGGUUGGUUUGGUGCACACAACUGUUCAGUUCUGCUCCCUAAUCCUGGGCCUCAUGUUUUUAAGUGAAGCCUUAAUAGAAGCUAAUUAACAGUUAUUUACACAACUGUUAAAACAUACAAGGAUCGUGUGAUGAAACACUUCAGAGAUCCUUCUCUUUUUUGGGAUAUUUUCCUUAAUAUAUUGGUGUUAGUGUGCCAAGUCUAAAUUCUGCCUCCUUUGCUGUUUACCUCAGCUCCAUGGCUCCUCGGUCGCCUCCUCUAUAGGCUCAGCUCUUUAAUAGGAAGAGCAUUGGCUUUCCCUGGCCCAAACAAUGGCCCCUCUGUUCCUUGGCCUGGCUGCCUGCUGAAAGAGACACCCAUUAGAGAAGCGUCUAUCUCUGGGGUCAGGCCCAAGGGUCACGCACAAGUACGGCUCUUGUUUAUGUCUGCAAAGCCAAUCAAAACACGGCAGCCUACACAGUUAACUCCUACUUGCCUGGCUCUCAGUGGACUGAGGAGGAGGAGGAGGUUCUGCAUGAGCUGAAGUCGCAGAGUGCAACAAAUUUGAGCACAGCUUCAGCUUGUCCCUCUUUCUCUGUUUUGUUGUGUCACUGACUGAAUAAAGUCGCUGUAUGAGAGAGGAAAACAGCAAAUAAGUGUUGACAGGCUUCACAGCACCUGCUGUGCACACUCUGGCCCCCCAUAGAGGGACUACUUUAAGUGUCUCCUAACCCCGGGAAACACAUGCAAUUACCAAAUUAUCACCUGGGAGCCCACCAUGGACAUUGAGCCACAAAACACUAAAGGUUGUAGUUUGAAGGCAGGAAGUAAAGGUAACUUGAAAGAGUCUGGAUGGCCUGUAAAAUCUAUCAUUUUGAUAGCAGAGAAAAAUUUACCACUCUUUAGACACAUCUCAUAGCAUUUGUCUAAAUGAGAGUGACGGGAUUUUUCUCUAACAAACAAAAAAGGCACUUGAAAGUUGACAGAUUGCCAUGAAAUUGGGAUUUUUCAUGGUUUUAUAAAAUAAAUUUGACUGACAUUGAUGACUUUUCCUUCAGCACCCAAGAUAAACCAACAUUUUCUGCUUUUGAGUGAAAUAUAUCAGUUCCCUUUGGAUGGAUUCAUGCUUAUAAUCCUGUUAGAACAAAACUCAAUCACUCAUCAAGAGAGGGAAGAUGACAACCUACAAUAUCUGAGCCACCAACUUCCACACAACUUUCUCCUUUAACCAUGUUCCCCCCACUCUAUCAACCAAGUUUUUUUUAAAAGGGUCCAAAUCAAAAGUUACAUCAUUGCACCUGACAUACAGAGCAGGUCUGGACUUCAUCCCUUGGCCCUGUUUCUGGGGUGAUCCAAACACAUGAGGACAGUACAGGCAUUCGCACUUUUCAUCAACAUGUGCCUCCA